AUGCGGCCGCUCGCGCCGGAUGGCUGCAAUGAGGCGACGCAGGAGGAGACGACCCUGUUGGACGAGGACAUUGAAGUCUCGGAUGUGAGACCUCCGGGGCCUGGACAACUGGUUCGCAUCCCACUCUGUGCACAUCAUCGUCAAGUUUACCAAAGCGCAGCUGCUAAAAGGAAGUGCGGUGUUCUUACGUGCCACAAGGCAUCGAAGGGCGCUCGGCAUGGCGUCCCACUCUGCUACGAUCACCUCUGUGAGCAGGGAAGCUCAGGGAGCAGGAAGGACAGCCCCCACCCCAACGGGAUGUUCCAGGGCUUCAGACGUCGCUUCACCAGAAGGCCAUCAAGUCGAAGCCGUAGCCCCGCCCCUGACGUAGGGCUGAGCGACCCCAAGCCGGUCACCAAGGAGGGAGAACCGCAGGCCCAGGCGAAGAAGGAAAGUGGCAUGGCCCCAAAAAGGUCAAGCUCGGUGGACCUGGGCAAGGUGAUGAUCCCGUCACCACCACGUGGAGCAUUGGACCAAGAGGAGGUGCUGGGGAAGCCAGUUUGGUUGAAGGUCAAACUGAACCACGAGGACGGGCAGGUCGAUUGGAUCAUGUGCGUGGGUGAGUUGACCGGCUACACGCCUGGAGGAGUGCGAGGCGACCAGAGGCUGGAGAUCUACGUGAAGUACCUGGAGAACACCUUGGUCAUCGACCCCAAGUACUUGGACGACAUGGUGGACAUGAAGAAUAUCGAGGACAUGGACCCCAUCAAGGCCCAGCAGUUGGUGAAGGAGAUCCCGCAAGAUGCAGCCAGCAUUGGGCUAGAUAUUAAAGGCUACCUAGUCCCUGAGCUCAUCCUGCAGCGCCUUAUGGCUUGGGAAGGCAGGACGAUCUUGAGUGGCCGUCGCAUGAAUGACAUCCAGCUGCACGAGGUGAAGAAGAAGCUGAGGACCCUGGUUCACAAGCACAGCGCUGGUUUCGUCAAAGGAGAACUCUGGCCGAGUUGGCCCGCGGAGGCCGAGCUGGGGAUCGACAAGCAGGUGCGUGGACGUGAUGAUGGAGCACCUCAAGAUCAAGAAGCCCCGAGGAGAAGGUCUCGAAGCAGAAGCCAUAGCCUGGCCCGAGCGAUGCAGGAGGAGGACGAGGUGAAGAAGUCGGUCGACCGAGAUGCCCUAGUCGAUUGCGACCCUGACGAAGUGUCGGGAGACAACAUCAUCGAGGCCUAUGCUACGGCUACGGGGUCCGGACAAACACACCAGGAGGCCAUCGACACUGUGCAGAUGAUCUACGAGGUGGACGUUCCGACCAUCAAGAACACCCUGAAGUCCUACAUCAAGAAGAACUGCGGGAAGCAAAAUGAGCAGGUAGAGAUCGCCAUCAGGGUCCUCAAGGGGCUCAAUGGCCAGGACAUUAAGACCGCUAGGGACGAUGGUGGACGAACUGAAGCUCAACCGGCGCCAUCGAGGCCUGUGGAGAGACUGAGUACAAGCACCUCAGAUAAGCUGUUCCCGAUCCACUACGGCGAAAGGCGCGAGGAGGGCAGCCUGAUCCGACCCGCAAGUGACAUCAGCAAGACCAACCCUCUCACGGCGAGCGAUGGCAUUGUGGGUCAGCUCUUCGGCAUGGGGAACAAGAUGGAGGACGCACCAACCCGCGCUGGAGCUGGAGGAGACGAAGAAGAUAGCUUCAUGAGUGCCAGAGUGGUUCACGCACUAGAAGGGAUCAGGAAAGCGACCGAAGGGGACAAGAAAGGAAACCCAGGGACCCGAGGAGCAAUCGGAUCCGAGGAGAGCCUUGAUGUCUACCUGGCCAGAGGCUGCAACACAUUGACAGUGGAGGUCUGCCCCGAUGUGACAGGAAAGGAGUUGUUCGAUGCCCUGAAAAGGGCUUGCUCGCAUGCAAAGGCCAAACUACAACAGAUAGAAUGGCCACGCCUGGUCACCAACGGAAUAGCCUACGGCUUGGCUGCCCUACAACACGGAGGUAAAGAUCAUGCAACACUGGCGCCUUGGCAGUUGAGUGUGGCGCAUGCCGUGACAGCGAAGCCUCGUGAUUUUGACCAGUACGAGGCGCCGAAGGAUGACAAGAUCGAGCCCAAGCCCAGAUACCCUACUCACUUCGCCACCUGGUUGAAGCAGGCGAGGAAUGAGAUCAAGAUGAUUGGGUCGGUCCUGGGCCUGGAGCACAAGAAGGAGAGGCUGAAAGCGCUGGAACAGAUCGAGAAGGCUCACGAGCAGGACUCCGACGAGCAGAGCCUGGUGGCGAUGAUGAUCGUGUGGGCCGAGGACGUGAUCGCGGAGGAAUAUGAAGGAGUUCAGUACACGCAGCUCGAGGACGAGUUGAGGGAGUUGACGCGAGGGCCAGACGCUGACUGGCUGAAGGAUCCUUCGCUGAAGGGCAAGGGCGAGCCACAGACUGUGUGGGACAAGCGGGUUGAACACCCGGAGGCACAGAAGAGGCUAAAAGUCCUGGAGGAGCUCGAGAAGGGUGGUGCAUUCUCACGAAUCUCAAGCUGCACUGGAUACCUCCAAUCAAACGUGAGAGGCCGCAUGCUCAACGCCGUCAUGGAGAAGCAGGAGAUGACGAUCGAUGAGAUCCUCCUGGAAGCCACGGAGAAGGGAUGCCAAGAAUUGGCGCAAGAAGCUGAGAAGAUCCUUGGUGAGGAGCGUGCUGUUGGAUGGGUUGAUGAGGAGCGACAGGCCUGGGUCAGCUCUACCACCUGGCACAAGGACAAGGGCUACGGCGAGGGCAAAUUUGAAUUCCUAUGCGGAGCUGAUCGCCGCAGUUGGAAAUACAUCGACUAUAAGGACAAGCUGCCGGUCCCAGAUGAGCUUGCGAGCGCGCUUGGACUACAGCCUGGAGAAGAAGAGGAACGUCAAUGUUUGGUCCUUCACCCAGCAGCAGGUGUCCUCCUGUGGGAAGGAGACUGGGAUCCCGAGCGAAUCCCCAGCAUGGAGGAGGUGAAGAAGAAGGCACAGAUCCUACGAGCUGGCCUUUGGGACGAAGCAGCACGGGCAAUCGCAGAGCUGGGGGACCCAGCCCCUUGGAUUGGAGCCCGUGAAGCGGAAGUCAGAGGCUUCGCACACGAUUGCCUGAGAGCCCACCACGACAAAGACUACAGGCUCUUCCAAGCAUUUGCCCUGGAGGACUUGAAGGAGGUCACCCUGCAAUGCUGGCGCUUGAACUGUCGAGGACAAGUUCAUGUAGAUCACUUGGUGGGCAGCGCACCGGGCAGUGAAAACCACAUCAUCCCGUUCUUGAUACAUGGAGGCCACAUCCGACUGCUCGUCCCCAACGACAAGGAGGAGCCUGUGAAGGUGGCGGCACAAGUGACGCUGAGUGGCCAGUCCGACCACGAAUGGCCGUGCGAAGGAUGGCGCGAAUUCCUCGCCAAUGAGGACCCAGCAGCGCCAUUGGUGCCAGGGAAGAGGCCGCGAUGUCCACGAUGUCAAGACAACAACCCGAAACAGGGUAAAGCAGCCCCUCAAGUUCCAUGGAGCUUCAACGAACACCCAGUGGACACGCAGGAGCUGAUCUUGAUGGGAGCACAAUCGCCUUUGAAGCAUCGGCCGGCCUUUGCCUAUGGAGUCCGAGUUCAAGAAGUGUUCGCAGGCUCCGGGACAUGGACCAAAGCCAUGGAGGAAGCUGGACUGGCCGCCAACGAGCCUAUCGAGCUUUUUAGCGACCCAUUACAGAAACGAGGUCGGCAAGACCAAUUCGACUUGAAGGACGAGAAGGUCGCGGACCGCUAUUUGCAGGCGACAAUGGAGCUCCCGGGACCAUGUGCUGCGAAUGUCUGGGAAUUCGGAACCCCGUGCACCAGCUACUGCGACUUCAACAUCCUCAAUGGAGGGACCCGCAGCUUCAGUGCGCCAGAAGGAGGACCACAGCCCACUUCGAGCGAGCAGGAGGGCAAUUACUUUUGCAGCCUGACCUGCCGCAUGUGCGAGUCCCUUUACGCGCACGACAAGGAGUUCAUCUUGGAGUCCUCCAUGCCUUCUGGAAGGUAUCCCAAGAUUUGGGAUCAGCCAGCGGUCCAGCGGCUGCAGCGUUCGACAGGAGCACUCAUCGUGCCAACCCACCUCCGCGAGUGGGGUUCAGCAUGA